UGGCCAUCAACGUGUUUUGCUGCCCAAACAACUCGAAAUUAAUUGCGCCAUGCAAAAGCAAAAGCGUAAAGGUCCUGGCAGACCAGGACCACGACCGCCGCCCAAGCCGGCGACCAACCACAAGCCGAACAAACAGCACAAUCAGAAACGAGCCAAGGAGCUGUCACGCUCCAAAUUGGCGGCAACCGAAAUGGAAAUCCAGGAGCUGCGCACCAAAUACGCUGAAAUCGAUGCAAACAGCAUUGAAAGAUUUGCACAAUUCCCGCUGUCGCAGAAAACGCAAAAAGCACUAGCCGAAUACAAGUACACAACGCCGACAGAAGUGCAGCGCCAGAGCAUUGGACACGCGCUGCAGGGCAAGGAUGUGCUCGGAGCGGCCAUAACCGGCAGCGGCAAAACCUUGGCCUUUCUCAUACCCGUCCUGGAGCAUCUGUAUAUGAACAAAUGGUCGCGCUCGGAUGGCGUGGCCGCGAUCAUUAUAUCGCCAACGCGUGAGCUUGCCUACCAAAUAUUCGAGACGCUGAAGCGGAUCGGCAAACAUCACGACUUCUCUGCGGGUCUAAUUAUUGGCGGCAAGAAUCUUAAGUUUGAACGGACGCGCAUGGAUCAGUGCAAUAUAUUGAUAUGUACGCCGGGUCGUCUGCUGCAGCAUAUGGAUGAGAAUCCGUUGUUCAAUACGACCAGCAUGGAGAUGUUGGUGCUGGACGAGGCGGAUCGCUGCCUGGACAUGGGCUUUCAGAAGACGCUCAAUUCGAUUAUCGAGAACUUUCCGCCCGAUCGUCAAACAUUGUUGUUCUCGGCCACGCAAACGAAUACGCUUGAGGAUCUGGCGCGACUCAAUCUGAAGGAUCCCGUAUAUGUUGGCUAUGGAGCAGCUAAGCCCACAGCUGCUGCUGCUGCUGCUGCUGAUGAUACAAAACCGGGCGCAUCAACGGCGGUCUUGGCCCUGCCCGAGCUGCUGCAGCAGAGCUAUGUGGUGCUGCCGCUGGAGGAGAAGAUAACCAUGCUCUGGUCGUUCAUCAAGAAUCAUCUGAAGCAGAAGAUUAUUGUGUUUGUGUCCAGCUGCAAGCAGGCCAAGUAUCUGUACGAGAUAUUUUGUAAAUUGCGUCCAGGCGUUGGCCUACUCGCCCUCUAUGGCAGCCUGCAUCAGGAUCGACGCAUUGCCAUCUACGAGGAUUUUCUACGCAAAAGCCAUGUGGUCAUGUUUGCCACAGAUGUGGCAUCACGUGGUCUCGACUUUCCGGCCGUUAACUGGGUGCUGCAACUCGACUGCCCCGAGGAUGUGUCCCAGUACAUCCAUCGAGCGGGUCGCUCUGCACGCAACAAGGCACGCGGCGAAUGCCUGCUGGUGUUGACGCCCAGCGAGGAGGAGCACAUGAUUGGUACACUGCGCGAGCAGCUGCAUCUGGAUAUACGCUGUGUGCACAUCGAUCCCAAGAAGCUGUUCUCGCCACGCGUCAAAAUCGAGGCGUUCCUAGCCCAAUUCCCGGAGCUGCGCGCCUCGGCGCAGCGCGCUUUUCUCGCCUAUCUGAAAUCCGUGUUCCUUAUGCGCAACAAGCGGCUCUUCAAUGUGCUCAGCCUCGAUCUGGAUGCGUAUGCGCAGUCGCUGGGCCUGGCCGUCACGCCUCGUGUGCCCUUCAUUGAGAAGCUCAAGUGGCGACAGAAGCAACAGGCGGCACAGCCACAGCCGCAGCCGGAGUCGGAGCCGAAGCUGAGGGCGCCAUCAAGAAGCUUCGGUGCUGGCGAUGAAGAGGAGGAAGAGGAAGCGGACGAUUUUAUUAAGAUCAAGCGACGGGAUCAUGAUGUUGAGGGUGCAGCUGUGGACCUGGAGCUGCCGCUGGACGCACAGCCAGAGCUGGAGCCGGAGCCGGAGCUGGUGGUGCCCAAGCGCGAGAAGAAGCUGGUGACCAAAGCGGCGCUGGCCAAGAAGGCAAUCAAAAAGAACUUGCAAGUCAACUCCAAGCUCAAGUUCGAUGAGGAUGGCCAAACGCUGGCCGACGAGCGCAAUCAAAUGAAGGCGCUAACGGCCAGGGCGCAGCAGCAGCAAAAGGAUGACGAUGGCGGCAUCAAUCUAAUGUUAUCCAAGGCGCUGCUCAACGAGGAGGAUCAAUAUGAUAAGCAGCGUUUCCGGGAGCUGGUCAAGCGGCGGCACAAGCUGCAGCGCGAAAAGCUGCGCAAAAAGGCGGAGCAACAGCAAAGUGACGAGGAGCAGGUGGACGAGGAUGAUGAAGAGCAGCAGCAGCAGGAUGAAAUGGAGAGCGAGAGCGAGCAGUCUGUGGACUUGUCCUGGCUGCCAGAUCCGGAUAAGCUGUACAAGAAAAGAGUUAAUGACGAGGAGGAGGAGCAGGAGCAGGAGGAGGAGGAGGAGGAGGAUGAGGAGGAGGAGGAUGAGGAUGAGCCGGCCUACAAGAAGUCCAGGAUAACGGACAAGCUAACACUGCUGGACACGGAGGCCAUUGCGGCCAAUUUGCUGGCCAGCUAAGCAACAUUUACUUGUAAUCAAUCGAUUUAAUAAAUAUGCCAACAACAACAAA